GCAGGAUCCACGCCACAGGUAACUUUCCCACCUGGUGCCGGUCACGAUCGUUACGAGGAGAAUUUCAAUGGACCAGCGACGUAUGCGGAGCCGUACGUGGAGCGUUACGGUAUUAAGAGCGAUUUCAGCGGUCGAGAACCAUUACAUCCUACGCCACCUCGACCUGGUUACGUGCCCACCUUGGGGCAAACGCCACCUUCGAGCACGCAGGGGUCCGUGAUGAUGGUCUACGGGCUCCAACCGGAUAAAGUCAACACGGACAAACUGUUCAACUUGUUCUGCCUGUAUGGAAAUGUAACGAAGGUGAAGUUUUUGAAGACGAAAGAGGGCUGCGCAAUGAUCCAGAUGGGCGACAGCAUAGCCGUGGAGCGUUGCCUACAGAAUCUGAACAACGUGACAAUCGGUACAGACGGAAGGUUGCAGCUCGGUUUCUCGAAGCAGGCUUUCCUCUCGGACGUCACCAAUCCCUACAUUCUGCCCGACAAGACAGCGAGCUUCAAAGAUUUCACAGGAAGCAAGAAUAACAGGUUCCUAAAUCCAGCGAUGGCCAAUAAAAAUAGAAUACAACCACCCUCAAAGAUAGUCCACUUUUUCAACACGCCCCCGGAUUUAACCGAGGAGACCGUGCAUCGUGUAUUCGUGGAACGUGGUAUCGAGGCGCCAACGACAGUGAAACUGUUCCCCCUUAAAUCGGAACGAUCGUCGUCCGGCCUCAUCGAGUUCAGCAGCGUCGGAAUCGCGGUAGCUGCCAUCAUGGAAUGCAAUCACACAGCAUUGGAAAACAGCAAUGGCAAAUUCCCAUACAUCAUGAAACUGUGCUUCUCGUCGUCCCGCACCAUACCAACGAGUUUCCCGCCCAGCAGCGGCAGCACGUCGAGCAAUUCCGCCGGUAAUGCGAUUACACUCUCCCCGGUCUUACCGCCGCCCGUGCCGCCUCCCCUGCCGCCCACCUGCGUUCUGAUCGCCACUCCAACUCUCUAUCCUACCGUGCCACCGCCACCACCGCCUCCGUUGCCUACGUUCUGGCCGUACUGAUGAGAAGAGCAGCGGGCCUACUCGCCGGACGAGGCAGCAAAAGACGGAAAAAGAAAAAGAAAAAAAAAAAAUAUAUAUAUA